ACGUAUCUCGCUGCUAAAACAAUAUUAUUAGGUAGAGACAAAACAAAAUUUCUAAAUACGAUCGAAGUAACAGUACACAUUUUUCUCAUCAGAUAAAUUUCGAAAUUGGGUGAAUGCCUUCAAUAGUUCCGCCUCCCAAUUACAAAUUUUCAAUUACCAGGUAACCUAACCUAAGAAAAUUGGUUUUCGUCAACCAAAAUAAAAACAAUACGUGUUUAUAUCAUUAAGUAAACAUUAGAAAGAUUGAAUAUGAACCAAGACAAUGAUGCCCUUCUGGAAGAAACUGAUCCAAAACUUCCUUGUAUACCAACGGUCUACGAUAAUAUUGAUACUCAGGUGUCGGAUAUCGGAAAUAUAGAUAGAUAUGUUGAUGCCAAUCGGCCUAAAAAUACAAGACAAAUAAUUGCCGGAUUUUCUGCGUCAUUGUCCGCAUUAAGUGCCGGUUUAGUUCUUGGUUGGACAUCACCAAUACUAAAUGAUCUAGUUCAUGGCAAAUACAAUAAUAUAAAUAUUGAUGACCAUCAAAUGGGCUGGAUUGGUUCAUUUGUUACUCUUGGUGCAAUGACAAUGUGUAUCCCCACUGGUUUCAUUUGUGAUUUGGUUGGUCGCAAGAAGGCUUUGCUGUUACUUUUGAUACCAUUUGCGCUUGGUUGGAGUUUAAUUGUUUGGGCUAAGAAUCCAAUCGACUUGUAUUUUGGAAGACUAAUAACUGGAAUGGCAGUGGGAGCGUGUUGCAUUGCAACUCCCUUAUAUAAUGGAGAAAUUGCCCACAAGACACUACGAGGUGCCCUCGGAAGUUGUUUCCAGCUUAUGAUAACAAUCGGUAUAUUUGUUUCAUAUUUAGUGGGAAAAUAUUUUUCACCAUUUCAAUUUACGGUGUUCUGUGCGUUGUUGCCUUUAAUUUUUGGUCUGACUUUUGCUUUCCAACCAGAGUCACCCACACAUUUAAUUCGUCGCGGGCAACUAGAAGAAGCCAAAAAAUGUCUCAUUCUAUUACGGGGUGAACACUAUAAUGUUGAUGCGGAGUUACUUGAAAUUGAAGGAAGUGUUAAGGAAGACUCAGAAAUGACAAUCUCAUUUAGAAAUACUUUCACCAAGAAAUCUGUUUGGAAAGCAGUUCUCAUUGCAUUUGCGCUUAUGUUUUUCCAGCAAUUUUGUGGCAUUAAUGCUGUUGUAAUGUAUUCUAGCGAUAUCAUUAAAUCCACUGGGGUUAAUCUUGAUGCAAAUACAGCGACUAUAAUGAUAGGUGCAUUCCAAGCGGUCGCUACAUUCUGCGCAAGUGUCAUUAUAGACAAGGCGGGGAGAAAACCUCUGCUGACCUUAUCUUUAUCUCUGGUCAGUUUGACGGCGCUUAUUUUGGCCGCCUACUUAACCCUUAAAGCAAAAUGCGCCUCAGAUUCCAACUUGGUUAGGGCUGUAGGUUUCGUGCCUGUGGGAGCACUCUGCCUCUUCGUCGUAGCCUUUUCUUUGGGUUUGGGACCCAUUCCUUGGAUGAUCUCGUCGGAAAUCCUCUCGGCCGAAAUUAGGAGUCUCGUCAGUUCUAUGGCCGGCACUUUUAAUUGGUUCUUGGCUUUUAUCCUAACCAAGUUUUAUUUGGAACUUUGCCGCAGUGUCGGGGAAGACACCCUUUUCUACGCGUUCUCGGUGUUCACUCUUUUAGGUAUUAUUUUUAUUGUUUUCGUCGUUCCAGAAACCAGAGGGAAGAGUGUGUCGGAAAUUCAGGAGGAACUGGAACGCUAACCUUUUUUUUUAUCUCAUAGUAUAAUAAUCUCUAAGCCUACUUGUACAGUGUGUUCCAUUUUUUUGUUGGUUUUUGUAGCUUUCAAGAUCUAACGAAAUGACUUAAUGAAAUGAGUGAGGUGGUUUUUAGACACAGGGCAAUUUUGAAAAUGUUCCAUUUUUGGCACCCUUUUUUGGUCGGUUAUACGUUAACUUAUCAAAAAUGUGAAAACCGGGUAGGCGUAGUCGGUUUUGUGUCGUGUAUGCCUCUUAAUAAUAUCAUUAGGCUUCUUAUUAGUUUUUCAGAGACGUUUAACACCCAAAAGUUAUUUCAAAUGAGUGGGCCAUACACAAAUUACAGAAUUUAUUAUAAAAUAUACUUGUGUGUAUGUGUAUAGCAGAUUCUUAUCUAUUGUCUACAAAACGUUGUUUCAGGAAUUAUGAGCCCAAAAUUUAAUUCAAUUGAAAUUAAAAUAAAAAUUACGAAUUAAAGAUAUGCGAGUGUGUUUUGUGUUACAUAUUUUUGAAAAGCUCAUACCAAGCCUAGUCAAAUUAUUAAAAGUCAUACAUACAAAAAAAAACACAAGUUUAGUUUGUAUAUCAAAAUUUGUGGGUUUCGGAAAACUGAUUGCGCCAGUGGGACCCUCAAAAAUCACCCUGUAUGUUAAAUACCAAGGUGGCUGUGAUAUUUUCCACGCCAAAACCAUGAAAUAUGGGACACACACCAUACUAUAAUUGACCACAAAAUGUACCUUGGAAUAUUUAUAUAUGUCGAUGUUAUCUUAAUUUAUAAAAUGUUAUAUGGUUAUUUGUGAUAUAUAUGUUUCAAUAUAUUGUCUUA